AUGGUUGCGGGAGAUGGUGGUUUUACAGAGAAAGAAGUGAUGAAGGAGGAGGAAGCUGCAGAGGAUAAGAUACUAAUGAAGCUUUUGUAUUUAAUGAUGCAGAAGUCAAUAGUAAAGAAUAAUGUCAAGCAGUUUCCAAUCAAGCUGAAGAAGGGACUGAAGAGUCAACAGUCCCAACCUGUUAAUGCAUCUCCAUCAAAAAGUGCUGCACUUGCUUCGAAGUGCCGAACACCGAGAAAGAACAAGUCAGCAGAACCAACUGAUCAUAUAUCUCCAACUGAUGCCGACACUUGUCAGAGGCGAUCAUCACCAAGGUUCAAAGCAGCUGCAGAACCAACCAACCCUAAAAGUACUACACACAGUACUCCUCCGUCAAGUGCACAACCUGAAACUGACCAACCAACUCCAUACACUCGAAAGAAAUUAUUUUCUAAGACGAAGACUGUGCUGAAAGCUACAAAGUCUAAAGAAGAUGAUGCAAAUUCCAAAUGCAAGACAGUAAAGCAUAAAUUGGACACAAGUACUGGCCCAUGUCCAACUAUUCAACUCAGGAAUCCAACUGACACUUUUUCUGAUUUUGAAGAUGAAGAAGAUGAUGAAAUUUUACAUACUAACCAAGACGUGCAAGAGGACGAGUAUGAUGUUGAUUCUGAUGAAGGAAAAGAUAAUGAUGAUGGUGAUGAGACUGGUGGGGGGAAAGAACUGGAGAAUGAUGAUAAUGGUAGUGAUGAUAAGCUGGAAGAGGAGGUUGUGGGACCAAGUAAGAGAAGAAAGUUUGUUCCACAUGGACCAACGCAGAUGCAUGCAAUGAGGUUGGAUAACACAGAUCCAAAAGUCAAAGUUCCCUUCAACUAUAAAGAUCAGUCAGUUGGUAAUCCAUCCGUGCACCUGGCAAGUUGUCUAGGGGUGUUAUUUCGGCGAAACAUUCUGUUAACAUACAAUGAUUGGAGAGUUGUUCCUCCCCAGGCCAAGGCCAACAUAUGGAAGAUAGUCGAGCAACGGUUCAUUGUGCCUGAACAUUACCAAGACUAA